AUGUUUUAUUUUCACUGCCCGCCACAGCUAGAGGGCACCGCACCUUUUGGCAACCACUCCACAGGGGACUUCGAUGAUGGGUUUCUUCGAAGGAAACAGCGCAGGAACCGGACGACCUUCACCCUUCAGCAACUGGAAGCUCUCGAGGCAGUCUUUGCCCAAACACACUACCCAGAUGUCUUCACCAGAGAAGAGCUAGCCAUGAAAAUAAACCUCACAGAAGCCAGAGUGCAGGUUUGGUUCCAGAACCGGAGAGCCAAAUGGAGGAAGACAGAGAGAGGGGCCUCUGACCAGGAGCCAGGGGCCAAGGAGCCCAUGGCAGAGGUGACACCACCCCCAGUGAGGAACAUCAAUUCUCCACCCCCAGGGGACCAGGCCCGGAGCAAGAAGGAAGCCCUGGAGGCCCAGCAGAGCCUGGGACGAACUGUGGGCCCCGCUGGGCCUUUCUUCCCCUCCUGCUUGCCAGGGACCCUCCUGAACACAGCCACGUAUGCCCAAGCCCUGUCACAUGUGGCAUCUCUGAAAGGAGGCCCACUGUGCUCUUGCUGUGUCCCAGACCCCAUGGGGCUCUCCUUCCUCCCCACUUACGGUUGCCAGAGUAACCGCACAGCUAGUGUGGCAGCCCUGCGCAUGAAGGCCCGGGAGCAUUCAGAAGCCGUUCUGCAGUCAGCCAAUCUCCUGCCGUCCGCCAGCAGCAGCCCCAGCCCGGCCGCCAAGCAGGCACCUCCAGAAGGCAGCUCGGACAAGGCCUCUUCAGCCAAGGAACAGAGUGAGGGAGAGAAGAACGUAUGAGGGUCCGGAGUGUCCAGCCUGGAGCCCUCCCCACCCUUGCUUCUCUCAGCCUCAGCCCUGCAACUCUCUGUGCCAUAAGGAGUAGCCACCUCCUCGUGGAUCGGGCAGGGAACGUGAGGCCUGCAGCCAUCUCUGGGCACAUCUGGCUCGUCCUAGUGACCUGGAUCACUCUAGAACUCUGCUGGUUGAGGAGAGUGUUGUUCUAACUUCUCUCGGUGACAGUUCCCAAUGGCACUUAGUGGCUCUGGAAACUGCUUCGUGGUGAAGCCCUUGGUUUUGUUUUUUGUUUUUUCAGGCCAAGCAGCACAGGGGCUAAGCAGAUUUGCUCACCCCACCACCCUUCUUAAGUUAUCUUAAGUCAACUCCAAGUACGGUGGCAUGAAUCAUCUCUGAAAGACAUCAAGUGACAUGUCAUGACAAGG